GCAGUUACAGGUUACCUUAUUGCAAACUUGGCUGUUGCCGACUUGAGUGUAGGUAUCCUGUGCAUUCCCUUCACGGUCCUUUAUUAUGAGUUUACCUACUGGCCUUUUGGCUUCGCAUUGUGCAAGAUCAUUCCUGCUACGCAGGCUAUAUGUAUCAUGGCGUCCAUUGGAACUUUGACAGCGAUAAGUAUCGGUGAGUAUUAAUUUCAGCUACAGUCUAUCGUCUUGCCUUGCUGAUACCGGCAUAACAUAACAGACUCCUGCUAACAAGGAAAGCAGCUAACCCUUGGCAAAAAGUAUCUUCCGAUGUUUGGCUGCUGAAAUAAUUUCAAAUUGCUAUCAAGAAAAUUAAUUUGCUACAUGUCUCAGCGGUUUCCGCAUUAACUCUUUAAGUCAUACGAAUGACUAACAUCAAUUCUCUGUCAACUGUAUCAUUGCAUCCCCAAGAGAAAUGAUUACGCGAAUUAACAAAAUGAUCCCCUAAGGGAAAUACUUUGAUCUUUAAACAAGUUUUCUCAACAAAUUAUUCGCCGAAAUGUAUGUAGAUCAGUCUAGAAAUGUUGUAUGUGGAUAUCGGAGUUCACAAUUUAACGAAAGUUGGGUGUGAUGGCUCAGGCCGGUAAAACGUUGAUGAUACAGCUUCGUGAUUCCUUUAGUGGAAGAAACCUUUAACAAGUUUACAUUAUAAAAGUAAUCAAAUAUAUUGGAAUGUGUGAUUUUUUCUUCAUUUAGAACGUUACAAAGCCAUUGCGUAUCCAUGGGAGCCACGCAUCUCAAUUUACCAGGUUCGUUUCGUUAUCGCAAUCGUCUGGCUGAUUGCAAUUCUAGUUGGUCUUCCCUUUUUUGCAGUCAUGCAAUUGAAAGAUAGUGAAGGCGACGUGUUGUGUGUGGAGAAUUGGCCGAUAGAGUUUUUCAAAGACGUAUAUACGUUGCUUUCAUUUUGCCUAACGUACGCCAUCCCUUUGCCGUUGAUAGCUGUGCUGUAUACAAUUGUUGUAGCUAAGUUGAAUAAGGCAGCAAGAGAAACGUCGGACAGUGAGGGAUUCAGAACAGCAAAAGCUAAAGGAAAAGUGAUACGAAUGCUGAUCAUGGUUGUGGUGUUCUACUUCUUAUGCUUUUUACCUUACCACUGUACAUUUUUAUGGUUUGAAUUCGGAGGUGGAGAUUCAUACAAGUAAGUGCAAUCUCAAUACCCUCCAUCUUGACAAAGUAGUCUCGCAAGAUGUGUCCAUUCAACCUCGUUCCCAGGGUCCUCUCUCGCCACGGGGGCCGAGUAGGAGGGGUCCCUGGGAAUGAGGCUGAAGUCCUUUGUAACAAUAUUUAGACUGAUUACAAAUGCGCUUAUGCCUUUGAGAUGUAAGAAAAGGCUGUUUCACAUAAAUUGGUAGAUUAUUAGUGUCAUUAAUAUAGACAUUAAAGAAAAGGGGUCCAAAGAUGAACCCCUGCUGCUCUUUAGAGUAAAGACACGCUCUUUAGAUGACGGCGAAAUAGUGACUUAAACAAGGAACACUGUUAUCACUGUACUUGCUUUGAGGUCCGAUUGGUCCAUUUGUAUUAUAUUACAAUUGGCUAAAAUAAAUAAUACAAAUAGAAUAUACGUACUCACACUCUGUAAUCUCGUUUCAGGGGCAUAUGGCUACUGCUAUCCUAUUGCCACGUUUUGGUGUAUUCAAACAGUGCAGUAAAUCCUGUCUUGUACGGUUUUCUAAGUAAGCAGUUCCGUAGAGGAUUCGUCCGCCUCGUUCCAUGCUGCCGACUAUGGAGGAAGAAAGCCAAGCAGUCAAGGUCAAUGUUCUCCCAGUCUACUUACAAUGAUCGUACUAAAUAUCAAACCGCUGUGUCUCAAUGCGAGUCAGAUGUUUAG